AUGGAAAACAUUUCAGUCGUCACAGUGUUUGUUUUGACUGCCUAUAGUCAAAUGGAAGCUCAUAGAUAUGUAUACUUCUCAGUUUUCCUUCUGUUAUACAUUGUGAUAUUACUGGUCAACAUAGUCCUUGUUGUUGGCAUUUACAGCGAGAAUGGGUUACACAAACCCAUGUAUUUCUUUGUCUGUAACUUGUCAAUUAACGGAGUGUAUGGUAGCACAUCUCUAUUGCCAUCAAUGCUUGGCCAUUUGCUAUCAUAUAAAUAUGAAGUAUCUCUGACCCAUUGUCUGCUACAGAUUAUUUGUUUGCAUAUUUAUGCUUCGGUUGAAAUUACCAUUUUAGCAGUGAUGGGCUAUGACCGCUAUAUUGCCAUUUGUCACCCAUUACACUAUCACCUCAUCAUGUCUCCUAAGAAAGUGUUUACUCUUAUUGCAAUGUCCUGGGUUUAUCCUGCUAUUGUUUUUGGACUUUACUUCAUUUUAACUGUACAAAGAACGUUUUGCGAGAUCUUCAUAGAAAGAGUUUAUUGUAUUAAUUUUGAGUUAGUAAAAAUGUCUUGUCUUGAUACAGCUAUUCACAGCAUUGUUGGACUGAUAGUGACUAUAUUCUUACUUAUUCUUCAGCUAAUUAUCAUACUAUUUUCCUACAUCCAAAUACUCCGAAUCUGCCUGCUUGCUUCUAAGGAAUCGAGAGCCAAAGCUAUUCAAACAUGCACCCCUCACUUACUGGCUGUGCUUAACUAUGCAGUGGGGUGCUCAUUUGAAGUGCUUCAAAGUCGAUUCGACAUGAGCCAUGUACCGUAUAAAGCUCGCGUUUUCAUGUCCCUUUACUUUCUGAUAUUCCCUCCAAUGCUUAAUCCUCUCAUUUAUGGAAUUAGCAUUCAAGCCAUAAGAGUGCAGAUAUUCAAUCUCUUUGGUAUAAAUAAAAAUAAACUGACCCCUGCCCAGGUCACAAUGAAGUAG